GAGCUGACAGCUUUGUGAGGACUGUUGUCUCUCCCAUUGGAAAUUGUCUGAACUUGAGAGAGAACUUGCUCCUUUCCCCUUUGUGUUGGAUUGUGGUCUACCUUCCUGACUGAUGAUGAACAUGGUAUCAGACGGGCGUGUGGGAAGUACACACCAGUGACCUUUGCACUUGUAUUCCUUGCACUGGAGGAACAGCGUUCGCCACCUUGCAUCCUCGUUCACUUUCAGAAACCUGUUUUAACUUUAGCCUUGGCAAUUGGCCAGGUACCAGAAUAUCCCCCUACACUGCACCUGCAAAUGCUUCAAGAUAAAUAUGCAUGGAAACUCAGCACUUAGUUUCCUCCUAAACUAGGGUUUUAAAGAACAUCUUCUGUGGAGAAAGAUUUUAAUUAGUAAAGGGUAAUCCUGGCUCAGCAUAAUUAAAGAGAGAUGGUAGAAAUGCUGCAAAAAGACCAAGUGUUCAAAGUCUACCAGCAUGCAUCACUUUAACAGGCUCUAAAUUUUAAUAAUUCAUCGUCAUUUAUUCAUCCCAUCAUUCACUCACUUUCUCACCCAUCAAACAGAUGUUGGGUGGUAAUCACAGAAAGACACCGAGGAUGCAAAACAUGUAUGCUGCAGAGACUUAAUUUGGCAAUGAGUAUUAAAGAAGACUUGUAGUAGAAAUAAGAACUGUGUUCCAGACCAUUCCCCCUUCCUCCCAAGAGACCCUGGAGGUUUCUACCAUCUUCUUCAGUGCUCUCGUGAAGUCUGGAGGCAUCCUGUAGAGACUAGCUGGGUUGAGGGCAGCACCUACCUUCAAGGACAUAGGAAAGGAGCUCUGCUGGCUGAUUAGACCCAAUCUUCUGUGGUCCCAGGUACAAGGGUCACAACCGUCCCCGUGGGAGAAAAAAAUACCCAACCAUGGAGACUGGAGCUUAUCACUGACAUUAGAAACUUCUGGAUCAAUGGAGGAGCAGUGACUGUGAGCAGGCCUCCUCCAGCAUGUGCGAUGCAAAGCCUUCCUCUGGGAGCUUGCCCCUUCCCAGAGUCACAGCCCUCGUGGGGCUGGCUUACCUCCUCCUGCCUGGUGUCCCUCCCCUCCUUGUGUGGGACGCAGUAGGGGGCAGGCUGGCAGCACGGGGCAGCUCCACGUUCCUGUCAUCUGUGAGAUGGGAUAUUCACUUGGCUGGUGUGGUGAGGAGCCAAGUUCCUGCUAUAAAGGAAGGGCUUUCUGAAGGCGAUUUUGAAGCAGUCCUCUGCCUCUGUCUCCCCUCCUGUCUUCAUCACACGACUUUCUAUUCAUCACACAUGUGACCUCCUAGCCUAGAAACCACUGCUGGUAAAACCCAGACACUUCCCAGGGCACUGCUGGCCACAGCCCAUGUCUGCCGCACACCUUCCAAAGCGUUCUGCACCGAUGAGCCACGGACUGUGUGUGUUGUACACCCGUGUGCCCUCACCGUGCUGGGCCGCCUCGCCACACUUGGCAGCCACGGACGGCACCAUUUAUGGAACCCAUCAGGAGCCAGGUGCCCAGCACCAUGUGUUGUGGGCACAUCAUCUUUCGCCCUUACCACAGCUCCUGUUGGGAAGGCCUCCUGGUGGGUACUCUUGACGUCGUAUUGGACUCCAGUGCCCGAGUUGCGCCUUACCGAAUCCUGUACCAGACUCCUGACUCCCUGGUCUACUGGACCAUUGCCUGUGGUGGGUCCAGGAAGGAAAUCACGGAGCACUGGGAAUGGCUGGAGCAGAACCUCCUGCAGACGCUCUCCAUCUUUGAAAACGAGAAUGACAUCACGACGUUUGUGAGAGGAAAAAUACAGGGCAUCAUAGCAGAAUACAACAAAAUCAAUGAUGUGAAGGAAGACGAUGACACGGAGAAGUUUAAGGAAGCCAUCGUGAAAUUCCACCGGCUGUUUGGGAUGCCUGAAGAAGAGAAACUUGUCAACUAUUACUCUUGCAGCUACUGGAAGGGGAAGGUCCCCCGGCAGGGCUGGAUGUACCUCAGCAUUAACCACCUGUGCUUCUAUUCUUUCCUGAUGGGAAGGGAAGCCAAGCUGGUGGUCCGGUGGGUGGACAUCACACAGCUGGAGAAGAAUGCCACACUGCUUCUGCCCGAUGUGAUCAAGGUGAGCACCCGGUCCAGCGAGCACUUCUUCUCCGUGUUCCUCAACAUCAACGAGACGUUCAAGCUCAUGGAGCAGCUUGCCAACAUAGCCAUGAGGCAGCUCCUAGACAACGAGGGCUUUGAGCAGGACCGCUCCCUGCCCAAGCUGAAGAAGAAGUCUCCCAAGAAGGUGUCUGCACUAAAACGAGAUCUGGAUGCCCGGGCCAAGAGUGAGCGGUACCGUGCCCUGUUCCGGCUGCCCAAAGAUGAGAAGUUAGACGGCCACACUGACUGCACCCUCUGGACGCCGUUUAACAAAAUGCACAUUCUGGGCCAGAUGUUCGUCUCCACAAACUACAUCUGCUUCACCAGCAAGGAGGAGAACCUGUGCAGCCUCAUCAUCCCGCUCCGAGAGGUGACCAUCGUGGAAAAGGCCGACAGCUCCAGUGUGCUCCCCAGCCCGCUGUCCAUCAGCACCAGGAACAGGAUGACCUUCCUCUUCGCCAACUUGAAAGACAGAGACUUCCUGGUGCAGAGGAUCUCAGAUUUCCUGCAGCAGACCACGUCCAGGAUAUACUUGGACAGAGAGUUUGUGGGAAGCUACUACAGUUCCGACGACGAGGUGUACUCUCGGCCCCGCAGCCUUGUAUCCUCCAGCCCCCAGAGAAGCACCAGCUCCGACACAGACGGUGAGCGCCCUUUCAACCUAAAUGGCAACAGCGUCCCUACAGCCACACAAACGCUGAUGACCAUGUACCGGCGCCGGUCUCCUGAGGAGUUCAACCCCAAGCUGGCCAGAGAGUUUCUGAAAGAACAGGCCUGGAAGAUUCACUUUGCAGAGUAUGGACAGGGGGUCUGCAUGUACCGCACAGAGAAAACACGGGGGCUGGUGCUGAAGGGCAUCCCAGAGAGUAUGCGCGGGGAGCUGUGGCUGCUGCUGUCAGGUGCCAUUAAUGAGAAGGCCACCCACCCUGGAUACUAUGAGGACCUUGUAGAAAAGUCCAUGGGGAAAUACAACCUUGCCACCGAGGAGAUUGAGAGGGACUUACACCGCUCGCUUCCCGAGCACCCGGCCUUCCAGAAUGAAAUGGGGAUAGCUGCUCUAAGGAGAGUCCUCACGGCGUACGCCUUCCGCAACCCCAACAUAGGGUAUUGUCAGGCCAUGAACAUCGUCACUUCCGUGCUGCUGCUUUAUGCCAAAGAGGAGGAAGCGUUCUGGCUGCUGGUGGCCUUGUGUGAGCGCAUGCUGCCCGAUUACUACAACACCAGAGUCGUAGGUGCGCUGGUGGACCAGGGCGUCUUCGAGGAGCUGGCGCGAGACUACGUCCCGCAGCUGUACGACUGCAUGCAGGACCUGGGUGUCAUCUCCACCAUCUCCUUGUCCUGGUUCCUCACGCUCUUCCUCAGCGUGAUGCCCUUCGAGAGCGCCGUGGUGGUGGUGGACUGCUUCUUCUACGAAGGCAUCAAAGUGAUCUUCCAGCUGGCCCUGGCGGUGUUGGACGCCAAUGUGGACAAGCUGUUGGGUUGCAAGGAUGAUGGGGAGGCCAUGACGGUGCUGGGAAGGUACUUGGACAGCGUGACCAACAAGGACAGCACGCUGCCGCCCAUCCCACACCUCCACUCGCUGCUCAGCGACGACGUGGAGCCCUACCCCGCCGUGGACAUCUUCAGACUCAUCGGGACGUCCUACGAGAAAUUCGGAACCAUCCGGGCAGAUUUGAUCGAGCAGAUGAGGUUCAAGCAACGGCUAAAAGUGAUCCAGACCCUGGAGGACACCACCAAGCGCAACGUGGUACGGACCAUUGUGACAGAAACGUCCUUCACCAUUGACGAGCUGGAGGAACUUUACACGCUCUUCAAGGCAGAGCACCUCACCAGCUGCUACUGGGGCGGGAGCAGCCACGCACUGGACCGCCAUGACCCCAGCCUGCCCUACUUGGAGCAGUACCGCAUCGACGUGGAGCAGUUCAAGGCCAUGUUCACCCUGCUCUUCCCCUGGGCCUGCGGCGCUCACUCGGACGUGCUGGCUUCCCGUCUGUUCCAGUUACUGGAUGAGAACGGGGAUUCCCUCAUUAACUUCCGGGAGUUUGUCGCUGGCCUGAGCGCUGCGUGUCAUGGGGACCUCACGGAGAAACUCAAACUCCUCUACAAAAUGCACGUCCUGCCUGAGCCGUCCUUAGAUCCGGAUGAACCCGAUUCUGCUUUUGAGGCCACGCAGUACUUCUUUGAAGACAUCACCCCAGAAUGCACUCACGUGGUUGGACUGGGUGGUCGCAGCAAGCCCAGUGUGGAUGACGGCUUUGUUGCAGUGAGUCUGAAGCCAGACAAAGGGAAGAGAACAAACUCCCAAGAAAAUCGUAAUUAUCUGAGACUCUGGACGCCAGAAAUUAAAUCGAAGUCGAAGAACGCUAAAGAUUUACCCAAAUUGAACCAGGGCCAGUUCAUCGAGCUGUGCAAGACCAUGUACAACCUGUUCAGCGAGGACCCGCACGAGCAGGAGCUCUACCACGCCACAGCCGCCGUCACCAGCCUGCUGCUGGAGAUCGGGGAGGUGGGCAAGCUCUUCAUCGCCCCACCCGCCAAGGAGGCCGGGGGCCUGGGCAGCGGACCCCCCUACCCCCCGGCCAUGCCCGGCCUGCUCUUCCCCAAGAAGGGGCCCGGCCAGCCCUUCGCGGUGGAGUCCACGGAGCCCCUGCCAACCACGCUGGCCCCGGACAGCGAGGAGCGCUCGCUGGGGGGGCAGAUGGAGGACAUCAAGCUGGAGGACUCCUCCCCCCGGGACAACGGCGCCUGCUCCUCCAUGCUCAUCUCCGACGACGACACCAAGGACGACAGCUCCAUGUCCUCCUACUCGGUGCUCAGCGCCGGCUCGCACGAGGAGGACAAACUGCACUGCGAGGACAUCGGGGAGGACACGGUGCUGGUCCGCAGCGGCCAGGCCGCCCCGGCUCUGGCCGGCAGCACCGGCCUGGACCAGGACUGGGCCAUCACCUUUGAGCAGUUCCUGGCCUCCCUGCUGACCGAGCCGGCGCUGGUGAAGUACUUCGACAAGCCCGUGUGCAUGAUGGCCAAGGUCACCAGCGCAAAGAACAUCCGGCUGAUGGGCAAGCCGCUGCCCUCCGCCAGUGACUACGAAAUCUCCUCCCUGUCGGGCUGAGCGUGCCCACCCGGGGAGAGGGGGCGCCCAGGGGGCUUUUUUAUGUUCUUCUGUGCCGGGGUUUCUUUUUUCCUUUUAAAUUAAAUAUUUAUUAGUACUUGGCUUAAAGCCUAGUGUUUUCAUAUAUGUAAUACUCUGAAAACUGUUGAGAUCAACAUGGAAACACCUCAGUGCUGGGGGAUGUGGGGGCAGCGUAUUCCACGAACCACCCCCCCCCGCCCCAAGUCGACUGUCAGUGAUAUGUGUGUAUUCUAGCUUAUUCCUCUUCUGUUGAGCUGUAUCCAUGGAUUCAAGACAGACGUGUUUAACUCUCACUGAAGCAGCAGUUGCCUGUGUAUCUGGGCUUCUCAAUUAAAUCCGAGCUGUAAGCGAAAUCAAAUGUGUCAAGUAGAAGACUGUUCUUAGAAAGAAAAGGGCAGCGUCACUCAGGCAAAUCCUCUACCAAACUUGCAAAUAUUAAAAAAAAAAUUGAACCAGUUGCUUGUG